UGGGCAAUCCGCCGGCAACCCGAACUGUUUUCCACGUCACCAUCGCCGUAGAUAUUUUGGACCUGCACAAGGAGGGAAGGACAUCCGGUACAAAAGCUCCACCAAACUCAUUCAUGGACAUGGUGAAGACUGAACUGAAGAGAACUCACCAACAAAGGGAGAGCUUUGAAUAGAUCGAAAUCAUUGAUGGGGUCGAUUGCGAAGAAGGGAUUGCAACACUACUUGUUCCAGCUCCAGCGCCAUCCCCUCAGAACUAAGGCGAUUACAGCUGGGGUGUUGUCGGCGAUCAGUGAUAUUAUUGCUCAGAAGCUCUCCGGCAUACAGAAACUUCAGAUCCGACGCCUUCUUCUCAAAGUGGUUUUUGGAUUUGCAUAUCUUGGACCAUUUGGGCAUUUUCUACACAUAUUGCUGGAUAAACUCUUCAAAGGAAAGAAGGAUUCCAAAACAGUAGCUAAGAAGGUGGUGCUGGAACAAUUGACUUCUUCUCCAUGGAACAACUUGCUUUUCAUGAUUUACUAUGGAUUGGUUGUCGAGGAAAGGCCAUGGAUCCAUGUGAAGUCUAAGGUCAAAGUGGAUUAUCCGAAAGUGCAGUAUACGGCUUGGACGUUCUGGCCGGUCGUGGGAUGGGUGAACCACCAAUACAUACCGCUGCAGUUCCGCGUCAUCUUCCACAGCAUUGUUGCAUGUUGUUGGGGAAUAUUUUUGAAUCUAAGAGCAAGGUCCAUCACCAAAAGUUAAGCGAUCUAAAGGAUUUUAUCAAUUAGACUCUGCCUCAUAUCGGAGAUUAGUGUUUUAUGGUUAUCAGCCUAUUCUAUGUAACUCUCAUCUGGUUGAAAACUGUUGCCUUCCCUUUCUCUUGGAUUUAUUAGCAAUUUUUUGCUUAUCUGGAUUGUUAACUCCAUGUAUGUUGUAUCUACCAUGUACAACCAAAAAAAAAAUGAAAGUACACAAGUUUCUGUUAUAUUAUUUUAGUCGUUCCAUUUGUCA